GUCCCGGCUGAGAAUUUACUUGGCAAUGUUGGAGAAGGCUUCAAAAUCGCCGUCAACAUUUUAAACCAGGGUCGUUUUGCAAUGUCUGCCAUUCUUUCUGGAACAAUGCAAGAAUUGAUAAAGCGUACUGUUGAGUUCGCAACACAAAGAAAGCAGUUUGAUCGUACUAUUGACCAGUUUGGAGCUAUACAAGAAAAAAUUGCCCUUAUGACCAUGCGUCACUAUAUAACGGAAGUCAGUUGCAAAAUUAUCUAA